AUGUUGGCGGCAGGGCUUCUCGCUCUUCUGCCCCUCGCGGCAGCUGCCACAUCUGUCGCUCCUCGAGACACCAAGGCAUGCAACAACUCUCCGAGCCUUUGUUCAAAGUCAUACGGCGAAAUCACCCAUCUUGGAGCGCACGAUAGCGCAUUUAUACGAGAUAGUUCGACCGGUAAUUCGAUUUCUGGGAAUCAGCAUUACAAUACUACUGUUCAACUCGAUGCUGGCGUCCGCUUAGUAUCCGCCCAGGUGCACCAGGACGGUUCUGAAUGGCACUUGUGCCAUUCGACCUGCAGUCUUUUAGAUUCCGGUAAACUUAGCACAUGGCUAUCUGAGAUCAAGGAUUGGCUGGACUCAAAUCCAAACGAAGUGGUGACGGUUUUGUUGGUGAAUUCCGACAACGCAAAGGGCUCCGACCUGGACGCAGAGUUCAAGGCUGCAAAGAUCACCGAUUACGCCUACAAACCUACAUCGCAGGGCCCGCCAACAUCAUGGCCGACACUCCAGAGCCUAAUUGACGAUGGAACCCGUUUAAUGACGUUUGUUACGCCGUUGAGCGACAAUGCAGGUGCGACAUAUCUUAUGGACGAGUUCAAGUAUAUCUUCGAAAACCCAUACGACGUCACGUCGUCCUCGAACUUCUCCUGCAAUGUCGAUCGGCCGUCCACCGUCGAUAGUGCUGCCUCCGCCAUUGCAGCCAACAUGCUCCCUCUGCAGAACCACUUUCUUUAUCAGACCGUUGUCCUAGACUACCAGGCCCCCAACGAUAGUUAUGUCGAUACCACAAACGCCCCGUCUGGAGGCGAGGGAAACCUUGGCGAUGCGACAUCCGACUGCAAAACGGCGUGGGGGCGCCAACCAGCCUUCAUCCUGGUAGACUACUUUGAAAAAGGUCCCGCCAUAGAGACGGUGGACAAACUCAACGGGGUCACUGACGCUGUCGGCCGCACGAAUAUAUCUGCCAUUGCGGAAGACCAGGAGAGCUCCGCAUCCACCUACUCGAAUGUGUUCAAGGGUCUAGUUGACCUCGUCCGCAGCGCCCAGGCCGGGGCUAACCCUAGUAUGGGUGAAUGGGUAUGGGCGGGCGGAGACUGGGGAGAGAUACUAGGCGGAGGAAUUGCUCUUUCAUAG